UUAGCCCUCACUACAGAGAGAGAGAGAGAGAGAGAGAGAGAGAGAGAGAGAGAGAGAGAGAGAGAGAGAGAGAGAGAGAGAGAGAGAGAGAGAGAGAGAGUAUGGAGGCGCUUCUAAGACCAGCCUUUUCAACAUUUUCUCUUCUUCCAAAGUACCCAUAUGAUCAUGAAAGAGGUAAAAAUUUGAAGAGGAACUCUAUGUGCUUCAGUACUGAAAGAAGAAUGACAGUGAGUAAUCUACAAGGUAUCAAUAGAAAAUGCAACAGCAAGAAAAGGUUUGAACUUUUAGCAUUGCCUAACAAUCAAGGAAAUGUUGAGAAGCUUCCCAAUGAAAAAUAUAUAUUAGAGAAUGAGCUUUCACUACCAAAACAAGAAGACCAUAAUUAUGGAAGCCUUUUGAUGAAGAAAUUGAAAGCAUUCUACCUUUUUUGCCGGCCUUACACCUUGAUAGGAACUGUUGUGGGAAUAUUAUCAGUUUCUUUUCUACCACUAGCAUCAAUUGCUGAUCUUUCUCCAACAUUCUUUAUGGGAUUGUUGAAGGCAUUGGUGGUGGGACUACUUGUUCACAUCUAUAUAAAUGGAGUGAAUCAACUUGCUGAUGUUGAAAUUGACAAGGUUAAUAAGGAAUUCCUUCCAUUAGCUUCUGGAGAUUUCUCAAAUAGAGAUGUUCUGGUCAUGACUGUGUUAGCUAUCAUACUGAGCAUUGGCUUGGGAUUUAUGUUUAAAUCUCCAGCACUUCUAUGUGUUGUGGCUGUUAACUUUCUAUUUGGAACUGCAUAUUCUGUCAAUCUUCCCUUCCUCAGAUGGAAAAGACAUCCUGCACUUUUUAUACCAGCACAGGUGUUUUGGACUGGCCUUGGUUUUCAAAUCCCUUAUUUUAUUCACAUGCAGAAAUAUGUGCUUGGGAGAUCAACCUUAAUGACAAAUUCAUCAAUAUUUCUAACAACUAUAAUGUGUUCGUAUUGCAUUCCCGCAAUGAUAUUAAAGGACAUUCCAGAUACAAAGGGAGAUAGAGAAAACGGCAUUGUAACCGUCAGCACCCAAUUUGGUGAAGAAAAAGCAUUUUCUAUUGCUACCAAAAUCCUAAUAGCAGUAUAUGGUCUUGCUAUGGUAAUGGGGGCUUCAUCAUCACUUUGGUUUGGCAAGCUGAUAGCAGUGUUUGGUCAUCUUGCACUUGCUUUAGCAGUUUUGUACCGAUCCCAAUUUGCUGAUCCCACAAAUCCAUCAUCAGCACAGUCCUUUUAUAUGUUCUUUUGGAAGCUAAUAGCUACUGAGAACCUCCUUGUGCACUUUGUUCGUUGAGAAGAAUUUCAAAUGGUUAUGAUAUCAAGAGAAGAUGUUGAGUUCACAAAUGAGUUCAAUAGCACUAAUAUUAAAGUCUUUUUUAUUUUUUCUUUUUCUUUUGAUAAAUGUGAAUGUAUUAUUGAAGUGGGACCAAGUUUUCCUGAACCGGUGGAGUAUCUCGGCUAUCCAAUAAAGGGAGAUUAGGUGAGGAGUGAAGAGGUCAAAUCUGGACCAUCUCAUCGUUCACCCAUGUAGAAAUUGUAUAUUGGCAUUAACUUUAAUGAGUGUACAAUGGUGCUCUUAUAUAGAUAUUACAGUUAUUGAGUUA